CGAGGUCCCGUACAAUAUGGGUGGAUGUAGCCAGUUGAAAGGAGGUUGUAUACUUUAAAGCGGUAUGUGAGGAAUAGGGCAAGACCAGAAGGUUCAAUUGCUGAGGCAUAUAUUGCCGAUGAAUGCCUGGCAUUUUGCUCCAAGUACAUGGAUGAUUUCGAAACCAUAUCUUAUCAGAAACCAAGAAAUGUAGGUUAUUUAGAUGAAGAAGCCUAUGGUGUUGACGUUUUUGGACAUGGACUAAAUUUUACUUCAGGAUAUGAAUAUCAAUAUGUAUAUGACAAAAAAGAAUUUGAUCAAAUGAUGUGGUAUGUGUUGAACAAUUGUGGUCAAGCUCAGAAAUGUAUCGAAAUGUUCAGAGAUGAGUUAAAAAGAAAACGGGUGCCAAACAUUGAUAAAGAGCUUCAGAAAGAAUUCCAGACAUGGUUCAAGAACUAUAUCAUGAGGUUGCGGGAUGAACGCAGCGAAGAAAUAGAUGAAGAUCUCUUUUCCUUGGCAUGUGAACCUGGUCGGAGAGUCAGAAAAUACUCAUCAUGCAUAGUGAAUGGAAUUAGAUAUAGCACUGUUGACCGUGAUAGCAACAAGAGAACACAGAACAGUGGAGUCAUGGCCGAAGGUGAACAUGGCAGUAAGGUCAUAGAUUUUUAUGGAACCUUGAAAGAGAUCAUCCAGUUGGACUAUAACUCCAACGAUAACUUGGACGGCAGGUCAGUUAUUUUGUUUAAAUGUGACUGGUUUAAACUUGAUGGAAAGAAGAAGGAGCUAAAAAAUGACCGGUUUUUCAAAAGCGUCAAUGUUGAAAGUUUAUGGUACAAGGAUGAUUCUCUUAUUCUGGCUACUCAGGCAAGAAAGAUCUUUUAUUUGCCAGACACAAAGUAUAGGAAAAAUUGGCAAGUUGUGCAAACAUUUGACUAUAGGCAUCUCUUUAAUAUUAGUGAAACUGAGGGUGCACCUUUUACUGGUCCUGCAUAUCAAGAGGAGGAGUGUUGUGAUGAGGAGGGUACGAGAACGUCGGUUUCUGAACAUACAUCUGAGAAGCCUUUGCAUAGAGACAAUGAGCAAGGCAUUAUUUUUGAAGCUGAUGUAAUUGCAUGCUUGAUGAAAGAAAAGAACACAGAAGUGUAUGAAGGUGGCAAUGAAGAUGAAGAUGAUACAGGUAUGGAGUAUUGCAGCGAAGACGAAGGAGGCGGCAUGAUGGAUGUUGACAGCGAUGAUGAGUAGAUGAUUUACAUUGAUUUUGUGUCAGAUUUUGUGCACUUCCGUUUUUAUCGAAAGAUGUUGUGUCACUUUUGUUUUAC